GCAGCCCGAGGUCGACGGCGACGGCUGGGCGCGCCCAGGCAAGGGCCAGCGAGGGCGCCGCAAGGCUCGAGCCGUGGCAGCAGCCGCGCCCGCCCCAGCGGACGGCUCGGACGUUGGCACGUUCGACAGCGCGUCCUCUGCUUCGGACGCCAGCGGGAGCAUGGGGGAGCUCCAGAAUGCCAUCGAGCACCUCGAGGCCUUCCCCGAUCCUUCGGGCCUCGGCGCGGCGCUCGUGGACGAGCAGCUGGUGGCCCUCCGAGCUCAGCGCGACGCCGCGGCCGGCAAGGAGGCAGGCCUCUCGCGAGCUGCCAAGCUUCGCAGGGGGGCCUACUCCGCCAGCCGCGCGGAGAAGAAGGCUGCGGGGGCGCGCCGAGCCCUUGCCGACGUUGCCCAGGCCGUCGCGGGCGCCGAGGCCGAGCUGCAGGCCGCGCAGGAGAAGCUGGCGAAGGUCGAGGAGCAGCAGCUGGCGGCGAAGGAGCGGGCCGACUCCGCGGAGGCAGCGGCGGCGCAGGCGCGCGACGGCCAGGGGCGCUCGGCGUCGGAGAGCGACCUCGCGGCCAUGCGGGGGCUCUUCGCGAAGCCCCCUACGCUACCGACGGCGCGCGCGGCCGGCAACUUCGCGCGUGAGAGCAAGGCGCAGCCGCAGGCGCGCGAGCGCUGGGUGGACAGCUGCCCCCUCGACGGCGGCGCGGUCGACACGGACUCGGACGUCGACUUGCUGGGGCCGCGGCCGGCCGAGGAGCGCGGCCAGGCGGCUCGGCGCGGCGCUGCAGCAGGUGCCUGGACCAAGGUCGCGCCAGGGCUGGUCAGCGCGCUUGCGGCGGAGGCUGCGGACGUGGGCCCGCUGGCUACUGUCUCCAGCUCGGCUGCGGGCGACGCGGCGGGCAAGCGGGCCCUCCAGCACGGCAGCGCG